CUCUGAGUUCUACGCUUUGAAAAAAUGAAAUUGUUUCUAAUUUUGUUGUUGUCCUCGCUGCUGUGCAUUUGCAGUGGCCGGGCAGGAGGUCUGCGGGUACGAAGAGACUCCAAUGCGGACCUAGAAGCAGAGAAGGAAGCUCUUACAGGUGUUGGGGAGGACCAUAGCGCUGACAUAGACGCGAGUGCCGACGACAACGAUGGUGAUACGCAGGAGGAGACGACCCCACAGCCUCUCGGCAUUGUUUCCAUCAAGUCGCGCGCCAUUGCCAUGGAUCGUGGACUGUGCAAGGAACUCUCGCCGUAUCACCCGCACUACCCUAGGUGUCAGGAGUAUUGCAAGAAACUUGAUCACUGGAUAGGCAUGUGCCGGCGCGAAAGCUGCCAUUGCAUCUCCUAGUUAAACAAUUUCAUGUUGUUGUUUUUUUUUUCCAAUAUGUACAUUUUCUGUUGCAUUUUAAAAUUCCAAAAAGAACUCUCAGCACUUUUAUUUACACAAA